AUGACCCCCCCGCACCCCUCCCGCGGCCCCGGGCCCUGCCCGGCCCCCGCCGCCCUCCCCGGCCCCACGGCCCUCCCCGGCCGGGCUCGGGGGCUCCGCGGCAUCGCGGCCUUCGCCCAGCGCCCCUCUGUGCCCGCCGCCGCCUCCCCCGCCGCGCCGUCGCCGCUCCCGGCGCUGUUUCGCGGGCUGGGCUUGGACGAGCGGCCCCGCGAGCGGCCCCUGGGUCGUGGCGGCGCUGGCGAUGGGAAGGCUCUGGCGCAGCCCAGCCCGGCACGGGAGAAGGAGGAGGAGGAGAAGGAAAAGGGGGCAGCGCUGGUGGCGCUCCCCACGCGCGGGCAGAUCCGAUGGCAAGGCCAAGGGAAUGCGCCGCCCACCCGCCCUGGAGGAGCCACCACUGCGCCCACCCUGACCUCGCUCGGCCCCCUGCGCCCCCCCAGGAGCCCCCAGCCGCCCUCCCCAGGGGCAAAGGGACCCGCCGUCCCCCUGGGGCUGAACUUGGUGAGGAUCCACUGCCAGAACGAAGUUGUCUACCAGUACCAUGUGACCUUCAGCCCCGAGGUGGAGUGCAGGAACACACGCUUUGCCAUGCUGAAGGAGCAGCGCGCCGUCACCGGGGAUGUUUUGGCCUUCGACGGCUCCAUCCUCUUCCUGCCCAUCCAGAUUCCCAAGGUCAGUGUGAAGGCUCAGAGGAAGAGCAAUGGGGAGGAGGUUUCCAUCACCAUCCAGAUGACCAAGGUCCUGGAGGCCAGCUCGGAUCUCUGCAUCCCCUUUUACAAUGUGGUUUUCCGGAGGGUGAUGAAAAUCCUAAACAUGAGCCUGGUUGGGAGACAUUUCUUUGAGCCUGCCCAGGCCACCACCUUGCAUAAACACAGCCUCCAAAUUUGGCCGGGAUACGCCGUCAGCAUCCGGAAGAAGGACGGCGGGCUCUUCCUCAUGGUGGAUUCCAUCCACAAAAUCAUCCGCAGCGAGUCCGUCCUGAGCAUGAUGCAAGCAAUCCACUCCCAGAGCCAGAAGACGUUCCAGGACGAGUGCACCAAGGAGUUGGUGGGCAGUGUGGUCAUCACCCGCUACAACAACCGCACCUACCGGGUCGACGGCAUCGACUGGGACAAGACCCCCAGGGACACUUUCACCCUGGCCAGCGGGGAGGAAAUCACCUUUGUGGAGUACUACAGCAAAACUUACGGGAUCACCAUCAGGGAUCUGGACCAGCCGCUGCUCAUCCACAGGCCCAAGGAAAAACAGACAAUGGACAGGAAGCAUCAGCUGCACAUGGUGGUGCUGGUGCCAGAGCUCACUUUCCUGACCGGGCUGUCCGACCUGCAGAAGAACAGCCGGACGCUGAAGGAGGUGAUGUGGGAGAUGAUGCAGAGCCCCCGGCAGCACUACCUGCGCCUCACCAACCUCCUGCGCCAGAUCCGCGACAGCCCGGAGGCCUCCCGGGAGCUGGAACGCUGGGGGCUGCACCUGGACACGGAUAUCUGCAGGACCCAGGGUCACGUCCUGCCCUCGGAGCGGAUCAACCUCCGGCACCGCUCCUUCUUCCCCGAGGAGGACCUGAGCUGGCACAGGGAGGUGACCAAGGAGGUGACCAUCUCGGCGAUCUCCAUAAAUUCCUGGCUCCUGGUGUAUCCCAAGCGGCUGCAGCAGGUGGCCCAGGACCUGCUGGCAGCCGUGAGGAGCACCUGUGGAGCCAUGGGAAUGCAGGUGGGACAGCCCUCGGUGCAGGAGCUGCGGGACGAGCGCAUCGAGUCCUACGUCAAGAGCAUCCGGAGCGGUUUGGGAAGCCAGGAAAAGGUGCAGCUGCUCGUGUGCAUCACCCCCCGCAACCGGGACGACGUGUACGGGGCCAUCAAGAAGCUGUGCUGCAUCCAGGCCCCUGUGCCCUCUCAGGUCAUCAACGCCCAGUCCCUCAUGGGCUAUCCCAGCAAGAUCAGGAGCGUGGUCCAGAAAGUUCUGCUGCAGAUCAACUGCAAGCUGGGCGGGCAGCUCUGGGGGGUUGACAUCCCGCUGAAACAGCUGAUGGUUGUUGGCAUGGACGUCCACCACAGCCACAGCCAAGGGAUGCGCUCCGUCAUCGGCUUCGUGGCCAGUAUGAACCACAUCCUCACCAAGUGGUAUUCCAGGGUGGUCUUCCAGAUGCCCCACCAGGAGAUCGCCGACAGCCUCCGGCUCUGCCUCUCCCAAGCCCUCCGGCGCUUCUACGAGCUGAACCACUCACUGCCCAUGAAGAUCGUGGUGUAUCGGGACGGGGUGUCCGACCCCCAGCUCGACACGGUGCUCAAGUACGAGGUGCCCCAGAUGCAGAAGAGCUUCAACACCUUCGAGAACUACCAGCCCAGCCUGGUGGUCGUGGUGGUGCAGAAGCAAAUCAGCACCAACUUCUACGGCCUGACGGGACAGGAGUUCACGUCCCCCCCGCCCGGCACCGUCCUCGACCACACCAUCACCACCUCGGGCUGGAAGGAUUUCUUCCUGCUGGCCCACAGCUCCCGGCAGGGCUGCAGCAUUCCCACCCGCUACAUCUGCAUGUGGAACACGGCCAACCUGAGCCAGGAGCACCUCCAGAGGCUGACCUUCAAGCUGUGCCACCUGUACUGGAACUGGCCUGGCACCAUCCGUGUCCCAGCCCCCUGUAAAUAUGCCCACAAGUUGGCAUUCCUGGUGGGGCAGGUGCUGCACCACGAGCCCAGCACCCACCUGAGCGAGCAGCUCUUCUUCCUUUAG